AUGAGCCGGCGGUUUUCGAUCGUAUGGAAAUCGCUGUUUUUGCAGGUGCAAAGACAAUAACCUAUCUAUCAUUUUUGUCAUUAGUAUAUUUUAUUUACUUUCUUUCGUUUUUCUUUUAUUUAUGUAUUUUUUUUACACUGAUUCUCUUCAUUGUUUCCUCGCUUCUUUUUCGAUUUCUUAUAGCUUCGUGAGGCUUUUUUCACUCUUUUUAUGACUUCCUGGUUACACAGUUUUAUCCCCGUUGACCCGAAACGAAAUUUUCGGAAUCUCUCGCGCGUAAAGGCUCACGUUCACGCGUGUUGACCGCGAAUAGGUGAUAUCUGUUUCAUUCCCUUGCCUCUUUUUUUCCUUUUAAUUUUCUCAUGCUUGAAAAAAAUUCUUGUCCGCUAGAAAACUUAGUUAACAAAUUCUCUGUUUUCGCCGUUUAAUCUGAAACGGCGGUCAUAGGUAAUUUACACAACCAAAGAGCAUUUUUUCUAUUUUUUUUUUUUUUCACAAUAUUUAUCCAGGGGCAUCCAAUUUAGCAGAGCUGGUUUAAAGGGAGCCCUGACACAACACAAAAACAAAGACAUUGAAACCUUAGAACUAGAAAAUUAAGUUACAAAGGCAACAUGUACCGCAGGCGUUACUGUUUAAAAUGGCGCUUAAGCUUGAUUUUAAAUUCGCUGAGCGUAUCUACUUGUCUAAUGAUUCUCGGUAGGGUUUUGUAGGUCCGAGCACCGUUUAUUCUGAAGCUGCCUUGGUAUUUAGUAGUUUUUGCGAAGGGAAGGCGCAGCAAAUCACGGCUUCUGGUGUUGUAGCCAUGGAAAAGGUGCGGGUGCCUAAACUCUGAAAGUAAGUACGAAGGCGCUAUUCCAUGAAGACACUUGCGGACCAAGACGCAUUUGAGAUAAUUUCUGCGUGCUUGUACUAGGCUGGGCCAGCCAAGUCAUUUUUAACUCCUCAGCCGCGAUGGACCGACAUUCAACAUGUGGCGCGUCUAUUUAGCUUAUCUAGAUAAGCCUUGGUUCCAACGCCACAACUGUCCCAGACUGGCGAAUAGUAAUCGAACAGUGGUAAGACUGUGAAAGGUUUGAACCCAGGAGUCAUUUCAAAAGUAGGUUGAGUUUGAUCCUGCGAACGGUGGUUUUUCCAGGCCGGACGCAGGAGAAACCACUGCACACAGGGUACUCUACUUUCAAGGGUACUAUUGUUUGCUUUUUUUGUUUUGGCUGUAAGGCCGGGAUAAGAAUGGGGACAAGUCAAAUUGAGGUCCCGCCUUCUCAGUUCUUUGGUUUUGACAGGAUUGACAGAAACUUAAGCGAUAAUCAAAUGUUAAUCAAUGUCAUCAAU